CUGCACCUAUUUUGCUGUUAGUAUAGCGCUCUUAGAUCACAUGCUACAGUACUUUCAAUGAACACCUUAGUGGGUGUAUUACUUAAACUUGUUAUACAGCAUAGGUCUGUUUUAACUAGCUCGUCGCUGCUGUGAGGUGCUGCUUUGUCCAGACGUUGCUUUUAUUAAAAUCCGCUAAGGACUGCGCGGGGCAUCUUUGCAUCAUGUUUGCAUUUGCUUCUUUGUUAUGCGGUUUCCUAAAGACCCGCGAGGAGGACACUUCAGGAGGACUGAGCUAUCUGCUGGAGUGAAUGAAGGUGACUCGCCUUCAUCGUUGCAAUGCGGAGAGGAAUACAGGAGCGUGAUAGAGAUCGAUCAAUUGAGUAAGAUAUAAAACACGAGUGGGAGUGCAUUGAUUAAUCGUCAUUUUAUAUCAGGGCAGUUUGUUCACUUGAUGUGUAUGCAUGAGUUCUGCACCGAAUGGGCGCAAAAACCGCCCCAGGACUGCCGGGACCAUUUUUCAGAUCGGCGGUAAGCCCGCGUCCCGAGCGCCGCCUGAGCGCAGGGAAAGCAGCGAAGCUGUAGCGGACUGCAGAAUGGUUGUCCAGGAGUUCAAUACACUUGUGGCCCUCUAUAGGGAGCUGGUUAUCUCUAUAGGAGAGAUUUCUGCGGAUUGUCCCUCUCUUCGUGCCGAGAUGCACAAAACACGCACAAAGGGCUGCGAGAUGGCGCGGACUGCACAUCAAAACCUUUCUGCAAUAUCUGGCCCAGAAGAUGGAGAGAUACAUCCGGAGAUCUGCCGUCUGUUCAUCCAAUUGCAGUGCUGUCUAGAGAUGUACUUGACGGAGAUGCUUAAAUCUGUGUGUUUGCUGGGAUCCCUGCAGCUUCACAGGAAAGGGAAACAUAAUUUAGGAGCAACAAAAGUAGACAGUAAGAAGGAGGACAGCUCUGAUGUUCCCAUACUAGAAGAUACGUCAUCCACUCCACCAGACUGUUCACAGACCUACAUACUGGUGGUCACAGACAUCGAGAACAUCGAGAGGGACAUGACGGAAAUGAAAAAUUUGCUAAGCAAACUCAGGGAGACAAUGCCUUUACCACUGAAAAACCAAGAUGACAGCAGUUUGUUGAAUCUAACGCCAUACCCAUUGGUCAGACAGAGAAAGAGGCGUUUCUUUGGCCUCUGCUGUCUGAUGUCCAGUUAAAAGCUCUCCUUGUGUCCGGUUACAAAUGACUGCAUUUCCUCACAAUGUGCGUGACACACCAGUCAACAGUAGCCUACUACUGCCAUUUCCAUAUGAGAAUAGAAUAUCAGUGUAAUAUCAGUAGUCAUAAAACAAUAUACUGUAUAUCACCAAUACACUUUUCAUUUUAAGUGAAUGUAUGUUCGUUCACAUUGCGCUUAGUAAAGAGAAUGGUUUAUAGUAUGAAUAACUUCUGUUUGUCCUGUUUAAUUGUUAACAUCGCUGAGUAUGACACAAGGCUCAUGUUGAUGCACAAUUCAUACGCUGUGCUUUUUGUCAAGACAAAUGUUGUUACGAGGACUUCAAGACUGCAAUUUAGAGCUUAGGUUACAUUAUAUGGUUAAUAACCGUUUUAAUCAUAAUAACGAUGCCGAGUUUUUAAAUUAAAUUACCAUGAACACAAAAUAAGACCGCACAACAUGAGUGAAUGUGGGAUCUGUUGGUUUCUUUGAGCAUAUUUUUACUACAGUAUUAUUUAGUCUUCCAUAAACCGAAAAUCCUGUAAUAUUUUUUUCUUUCUGUUUGAGUCUUUAGGAGUAUAAAAUACCUGAAGAAGCCUUUGUAAAUAAAGAAUAUAUCUAUAAAUGGACAUUUUAGAGAUGUACAUAUACAAUGUAAACCUAGCGCUCUGAAUUAUUUUUCAAUACUGUGAUUCUUUAAAGAGAUUGUCAGUAAAGUGUGGCAUGUCUAUCCAUCUGGUGUGAUAUAAGUCCAGAUUGGAGGGGCUCAGCAUGGGUCUUGCUUAUUAAUAUCGGUUCUAAUUGUGUCAGGCAUGGUGCAGAUACUGUAGUG